AUGGCAUCCGGAGCGAUGGAUCGUUCCAUCUUACUAUGGAAUACAUACGGACAAUGCGAAAACUACGGCCAAUUGACAGGUCACCGGGGAGCUGUGUUGGAUCUUCAGUGGUCACGCGAUUCGCGGGCACUGUUCUCAGCAUCCGCAGACAUGACCCUCGGAAGCUGGGAUGUCGAGACUGGGGAACGAGUACGCCGUCACGUGGGCCAUGAAGAGAUCAUCAACUGUCUCGAUAUCAGCAAAAGAGGACAGGAGCUUCUAGUGAGUGGCAGUGAUGAUGGGUCCAUCGGCAUCUGGGAUCCUCGGCAAAAGGAUGCUCUGGACUACCUCCAGACUGAACUCCCUAUCACCGCAGUGGCAUUGUCCGAAGCGGGUAAUGAGAUCUACAGUGGAGGCAUUGACAACACAAUCCACGCCUGGGAUAUUCGGAAGAAGGCUAUAGUCUACUCGAUGACCGGACACACAGAUACCAUCACAUCGCUACAAAUCUCGCCUGACUCGCAGACUUUGCUGUCGAACUCCCACGACUCUACUGUUCGCACAUGGGACAUUCGUCCCUUUGCCCCUACCAACCGGCAGGUGAAGACCUACGAUGGUGCUCCUGUCGGACUGGAGAAGAACCUCAUCCGUUCCAGCUGGGAUCCCAAGGGCGAGAAGAUUGCUGCAGGCAGUGGUGAUCGAAGUGUGGUUGUUUGGGAGGCCAAGACUGGUAAAUUGCUGUACAAACUUCCCGGUCAUAAGGGCACUGUCAACGACGUCCGCUUCUCUCCCAAUGAUGAGCCAAUCAUCGUUUCUUGUUCCUCCGAUCGGAAUCUGAUGCUUGGAGAGCUGGGCAAAUAA